UUUCCAAUUUGCUAUUAGGAGUGCUAAAGAUAAUAUAAGUCUCAUGGCAGCCGACCUAGAGCUUCAGUUGCAGCCAUGGCUCCAAAAACUCCAAGACUGGUCGUGCCCAUAGAUAUGAAGAAGAAGCCAUGGGAACAAAAGCUUCCCCUCCAUAAUCGCUGGCACCCACACAUACCACCUGUUGCAGAUGUAGAGGAAGGGGAGCUCUUUCGAGUGGAGAUGGUAGACGCUAAUGGAGGUCAAGUUGGCGACAACGAUUCCGCUGCAGACAUCAAAUUUGCAAGCCCCGGUGGUGCCCAUUAUCUCAGCGGGCCCUUGAGGGUUUUAGAUGCAAAAGGAGUUCCAGCGAAGCCUGGUGACCUUCUUGCUGUUGAAAUCUGCAACUUAGGUCCACUUCCCGGUGAUGAAUGGGGUUAUACAGCAAGUUUUGAUAGAGAAAACGGUGGUGGCUUCUUGACUGACCACUUCCCUUGUGCAACAAAAGCAAUCUGGUAUUUUGAAGGAAUAUACGCAUACUCCCCUCAUAUUCCAGGUGUUCGCUUUCCAGGUUUAGCUCACCCUGGGGUAGUUGGAACCGCACCUUCACCCGAACUUUUGUCUAUUUGGAGUGAAAGGGAAAAGAAAUUAGCAGAGGAUGGCCCUGGGUCUCUGACAUUAUGCCAAGUCGUGCAUAAACGGCCACUUGUAAGCCUACCAACUGCAAAGAAUUGCCUUCUUGGAUUGAUUGAAGAAGGAACACCAGAAUGGGAAAGGAUUGCAAAUGAGGCUGCAAGGACAGUCCCUGGAAGGGAAAAUGGAGGCAAUUGUGACAUCAAAAAUCUUAGUAGGGGUUCAAAGGUAUAUCUUCCAGUAUUUGUAGAUGGUGCAAAUCUUAGUACAGGUGACAUGCACUUCUCUCAAGGUGAUGGUGAAGUUUCUUUUUGCGGAGCAAUAGAGAUGAGUGGAUUCCUUGAGCUCAAGUGUGAGAUCAUAAGAGGAGGAAUGAGAGAGUAUCUGACACCCAUGGGCCCCACCCCACUACAUGUAAGCCCAAUCUUUGAGAUAGGGCCUGUGGAGCCUAGGUUCUCAGAGUGGUUAGUCUUUGAGGGCAUCAGUGUGGAUGAGGCUGGGCGGCAGCACUACCUAGAUGCCACAGUUGCCUAUAAGCGUGCUGUCCUCAAUGCCAUCGACUACCUCUCAAAUUUUGGUUACUCCAAAGAGCAGGUUUAUCUACUACUGUCUUGCUGCCCUUGUGAAGGGAGGAUUUCAGGAAUUGUGGACUCACCCAAUGCUGUUGCAACACUUGCCAUCCCAACUGCCAUUUUUGAUCAGGUUGGUAGUCCAGUGCUUGUCAAUGAUCCUCUCCUAUAUAGCCCUGCCCUUAAAUUAUAAAACUUGAGCCCCCGGACUAGCUCCCUGGUGUUGGAUCUCUUCUGGAUAUGACUGCCUUCAUCAUGCCUCUCCAUUUGAGCAAUACCACAUAAGAAACUCCAUCAUGAACCUAAAAGGGAUGUGUGCCAGCUUCUGCAGAAAUGAC